CUUUUUUUAAGUUUCGACGAAGAAAGAAUUCUAUUUAUCAUUCUACCGAACUAUUUAUGAGUGUUGAUGAAACAACCGCGAUAAACAUGUGCCCGUCGCCGUACGAAGCUGAGGUUCAGUGAAGCAAAUUAAAAAAAAUAAUUAAUUAAAGAAAAUUAAAAAAAAAAAAUUAAAAAAUUAAAAAUGGAUGAUAAAAACGAUAAAAGUCAAGCUGAAACGCCUCUUCUGAAGGGAAUCAAAAAAAUCACGACAGUCCCAAAAAUUACGCCGAUCGCGAGAAAAGACAGCGAAGCAAGGAAACUCGCGUAUGUCGAGUUCGCUGGCACGUCGGGGGGCCAUGGCGGAUCGCACAGCAACAGCCAGCUGGAUUUGGAGAUGGAAAAGGUGUUCAAAGACGACAAAUUCGAUCUGGCGCAAAUCACGAGCAGUCACUCGUCCGCGUCGUUAGCCAAGAAGCAGUUUGAGGACAUCACGACGCCGCAUUUCAAGAAAAUCAGCGAAUCCGACUAUGAUUCACACCGCAAAACGCAAUAUCAUCAUCCGCAUCACACACACGCAACGCCCACGAAACGGCUCGCAAUGAAGCAAUCGGACAAAAGUGACAAGCAUGCGGCAGCGGAACGUGGAUCGGGACCCACGGGCAGCGAGCAACGCGACGACGACGACCAAAAUUCGACGCCCGGCGAUGAAACUCCGUUGUCGACAGCGCCAACAAGUCCGCUUUCCAACACGUCGUCGUCGUACAAAAGUGGCACACUAACUGACGACGCAACCACGGCAGUGAAUCUAGCACAAGGCGGCGUUGACAAUGGGGAGCCACAAAUAUCGGAACGUGCUGCGUACGGCGAGCAAAUGGAACUGCUGGAUACUUCGAAAAAGGUACAAUUCGACAACAAACGACCGAACGAUAAGAAGUUCGUCAUUGGGAGUUUCCCGCUCGGAAGUGAUGACCAAGACGACGACGAACUCUAUAUCAACAGCGAACGCGAUAGGCAACGCAGGAAGGCCCGACACACGCACAAAAGUAGAAAAUAUUCGUUACAAGAAGGCAGCGAAAAGGGACAACGCUCACCUUCCAUUGACAUCACGCACCGUAAGGUCUCCAUACAACCCGAAGAUGCCGAAUUAGAGGAAGCCGACAUUGAUGAAUUAACGUCGCAUCGAUCGGAUGACCCGCGAGGCAUGCGACGGGCUCGAACUUCUCAUGUUGCAGCGCCCGCCAUCCAACAUGAAGGAGCUGUUUUGUCGCCGUGCGGAUAUAAAAAGCACUUGGAUCACAGUCCGCACGAGAUUUUUGUGCAACUUGACGAGCUGAUUGGCAUUGGGGAAGAACGGGAGUGGAAAGAAACUGCUCGUUGGAUCAAAUAUGAGGAAGAUGUCGAAGAAGGAGCUGAUCGAUGGGGUAGACCGCAUGUGGCGUCGUUAUCGUUUCAUUCGCUGCUGAAUUUGAGGAAAUGUUUGGAAACGGGCGUCGUUUUGCUGGACUUGGAUGAGAAGGAUUUGCCGGGAAUUGCUUACAGAGUCGUCGAACAGAUGGUGAUUGAUGAGUUAAUUACGGAGGACGAUAAGCCGACGUUGCUGCGUGCCUUGCUGCUGCGACACAGACACGUUAAUGAGCACUCGCAUGGCACAUUUAACUUUGGUCUCAAGAAGAAAUACAGCAGUUACAGCAGCUUAACGUCAAUGCAAAUCGUUGAGGUUAAUGGUGUGAAACGGGAAUGCUCUUUUCUGCGUAACGAUACUUCUCCUUCGAUAGAAGUUGUUGCAAGAAGUCAACGAGCUUCAACUGUAACUAAUGUCAGUCCGGAGAGUCGUAAGGUAUCGGUGAUGGGCGAUCGUAAAAUUUCCCAAGCAAGCGACAUGCUGAACUGGCGCAGUAGCUCGCAUAACGACACGCGAAUUGACAUCAAAGAGGAAACUUAUACGUCUUCGCAGGAGGAUUUGAAGCGGAUGCAAGGUGAUUCCAUCAUGAAAAGAAUUCCGCGGGGCGCUGAAGCGACAACUGUGUUGGUCGGCGCUGUUGACUUUUUGGAACAACCAACGAUCGCUUUUGUACGUUUGGCGACAGGUAUCAGCUUACCGGGCAUCACAGAAGUGCCAAUUCCCGUGAGAUUUUUGUUCAUAUUGCUCGGACCGAAGAUGAUGGAUAUCGAUUAUCAUGAAGUAGGACGUUCUAUUUCGACUCUUAUGUCAAACGCUCAUUUCCACGACAUCGCCUACAAAGCGGAGGAUCGUCGCGAAAUCCUUUCCGCCAUCAACGAAUUCCUCGACGAGUCUAUCGUGUUGCCGCCCGGCAAAUGGGAGAAGAAAAACUUGCUUGCCUUCGACGAGUUACGUGCCAAAAGUGAGAUGAUUCGAACGCGAAAGAAAAAGGCGAUCGAACAAAAGAGCAAACUUAGCAUGACAUCCGACGAAGAAAAGAAACUCAUAAUGGAAAAGGAGGAAAAAGACAAGAAACCAUUCAAAAACCCGCUGGAAAAGACAAACAAACCGUGGGGUGGCCUCAUAAACGACAUCAAAAGACGUCUUCCGAUGUACAAAAGUGACGUUGUCGACGGUUUCAACUCCGAAACUUUGGCGGCAACAAUUUUCAUGUAUUUCGCGGCACUUUCGACAGCAAUCACGUUCGGCGGUUUGGCAUCGGACAAGACAGAUAAUCAAAUCGGGAUAUCAGAAACACUCAUUUCGACGUCUUUUGUGGGGAUGAUCUUUCAUUCGUUGGCGGGGCAACCCUUGGUUAUCAUCGGAACAACAGGUCCUUUACUCCUUUUUGACGAGGCACUGCGAAAAUUUUGCAAGGAAAACAGUUUUGACUUUUUACCGGUGCGACUUUAUGUUGGAAUUUGGCUUACCAUCAUCGCAAUUGUCGUUUCCGCCUUCGAAGGCAGCGUUUAUGUGCGACUUUUCACGCGAUUCACGCAGGAAAUUUUCUCGGCGCUCAUUACACUCAUCUACAUCGUCGAAACUGUGAUGAAAUUAAUUUUGAUUUACAAGCGACACCCACUCAUGAGCGAAUAUAAUUACUUGCCGGAACUCUCGUCUAAUGGAAAUGCGACGACACAUGUCGAAGACAACUUCCUCGAUGCUCGCGAUGAAAAUGGUCAUCCCAUUAAUCAACCAAAUACGGCACUUUUUUGCACAAUUCUCACUUUGGGCACCUUCGCGGUCGCUUAUUACUUGAAACUUUUCCGAAAUUCGCACUUUUUUGGUCGAAAUGCGCGACGCGCACUCGGAGAUUUUGGCGUUCCGAUCAGCAUCACGAUUUUUGUGCUCGUGAAUUUGCUUGUGCCGCAAGUUUACACGGAAAAACUCGUCGUGCCGGAGGGAAUUUCGCCCACAAACCCGGAAAGAUCGUGGCUCGUACCUUUCGGACCUGUGCCAACUUGGUUGCCGUUUGCAGCAAUUGUCCCGUCGCUCCUCGUUUACAUCCUGAUCUUCAUGGAAACGCAUAUUUCGGAGUUAAUUGUCGAUAAACCGGAACGCGGAUUGAAAAAAGGAUCCGGUUUGCAUUGGGAUAUCGUCCUUUUGUGCAUCCUCAAUACGAUUUGUGGCUUUUUGGGUAUGCCAUGGCAUUGUGCGGCAACAGUGAGAUCCGUAACGCACGUUUCUGCGGUAACGAUAAUGUCACGAACUCAUGCUCCGGGUGAAUCGCCGCACAUUGAAGAAGUUAAGGAACAACGUUUGUCGGGCAUUCUCGUGUCACUUAUGAUCGGAUUGUCCGUUUUGAUGGCGCCCGUGUUGAGACAAGUGCCGAUGUCGGUGCUUUUUGGCGUCUUUUUGUACAUGGGAAUCGCUUCGAUGAGCGGAGUGCAGUUCUUUGAUCGACUCAGUUUGGUGCUGAUGCCGGUUAAACAUCAUCCGCAGACGAAUUAUGCGAGACGGGUGCCCACGUGGAAGAUGCAUUUGUUUACGCUGGUGCAAGUUAUCUCGCUUACGGUGUUGUGGGUCGUUAAAUCAUCACAAUUUUCGCUGGCAUUCCCCUUUUUCUUGUUGAUGAUGGUGCCGCUGAGACAACGAUUGGAUCGUUUUUAUACGCAACAGGAGCUCAGAGCUCUCGAUGGCGCUCAACCAAAAGACGAUUCGGAAGAUGAACCAGACUUUUAUGAGCAAGCCCCGAUUCCAGCUUAAACUAAAAAAAAUAAUUUAUAAGACAUCCAAGUAACAAAGAAUUUAAAAAAAAAAACAAAAAUGACCAUGACCUUUUUCCACUGUUUUGCCUCUAAAUAUUUCACACAAAACACACAGAGUACCUAAAAAAGAUGAAUAUUUAGUAUUUUUCGAUGAUUGAUGAUGAUGUAUAAUGUUGAAAAUCUGAAAAAUUUUAUUUUCUAUGUUAAAAAAAUAAAUGUAGUAAGAGUAUUAUUAAUAGAUCUUUAGCGCUUCGUAGGAUAGAGGCUUUACUAACAAAUUAACUUUAAAACUGGAGAUGUUUAUAUUUUUUGAAUUCAAAUAAAAAAAAACUAUUUUUGUUAUAAAUAAAAUUAUUUUUUUGUUAAAAAUAAUAUUUUAGGUGCUAAUAUAUAUAUUUUAAAAGAACAGCAAAUAAUCUAGAAAUAAAAAAA